AAAAUGUAAAACUUUAGUUCCAAUACGGCAACAAACUGAUUAAGAAAGUCAAAUGUAAUUACAUUUACGUAAUUUUGAAAUCGUGCCACAUGUAAAUCUGUAAGUUACUUUAUAACUUUAUUUAUGUUCCAUGUACAUUAUGGUCUGUUGUCUCAUUGAUCUUUUUAGGCUACGUUAGGCUAAACCAUUAGCUAGCCAACGUUUACAUUUUAUAGUGCAAAUAAAAAAUGGGUCAGUGUAAAUAAAUGAACAUUUAUUUAUUUAUAAUGAAGAAACCUUUACAAUAACAAUUAAUUAUUGAUUGAAUUUUAAAUUGGCAGUAAAUUAUUUCCUACGUUGUGCUCAAAAGGCUACAGGCUACAUGGGGGUGAGCGCCGGGACAGUUUUGCCUCACCUGGGGCUCGUUAAGUUUGAACCGAACUCACAAUUUUACAACCUUCUGGUCCGUGUGACCUUGCUGCAAGAAUACUGCAAGUUCGGCACCGAGGAAACUCUCCUCCCACGGGUUGUAACUCGUAAGCGAAAAGUGAUGCUGCUGCUGAUGCAGAUGGAGAACGAGGGAGAUAGAGGGGAGAGAGAGAGAGGGGGAAACGAGGGCUGCUACUUUUAACUCUUCUCUGUCGUCCCUCUUACAACAACUUCCCUCCGUUAAACCGUUACAUCUGCCCCAUGCUGCCGAGCAUCUGGAGCAGCUUUCACCUAAAACUCUUGCUUUGGGUGGUGGUGGAAUCUCCGGCUGCGCUCCCUGGAGACACCGCCUGCAUCGUAGUCACACCUCUCCCCGAUCUUAAACUGACAGCAGGAGGACGACUGGAGGACAGAUAAAGAGAGGACCAUGACGCUCGUUUGCCAUGUCUAAGACGGCGGUGAAGAAGCACUGGCGUUCCAGGGUGCAGGACUGCUUCGUCCCGUCGCUAGGCUCGUCGGGAGACCUCGGGGUUGCGAUUGGCGGAGGAGCAGACUAUGGAGAGUUUCCUUUCAUCACGUCGGCACCAGGGGGCGGACUCACAGUGGGUGAUAUCAUCCUAGAAAUUGGAGGAACACCUGUUUUAGGGAUGACACUGGGAGACGUGCGUGGUGUCCUCAACUCCUGUCCCCAUCCCGUCUGCGUGAAAACCGUACCUCCAGGCUCCACGUUGUGCAAGGACCUCAGGUUGUAUCUGAGCAAGUGCUUCACACCAGGUUCCGUGGACAGUCAGCUUCAGCAGGUCAUCAGAGAGAACCUCUACCUGCGUGCAGUUCCUUGUACGACCAGGCAGCCCAGAGACGGGGAGGUCUCGGGGGUGGACUACAACUUUGUCUCCAUUGAAGAGUUUUUCUCCCUGGAGGAAUCGGGAGCUCUGCUUGAGAGCGGCAAGUUUAAAGGGAAUUAUUACGGUACGCCCAGGCCGGUUCACAUCAGCCCGGAGAGUCGUCCAAUCACGUACCAGGAACACCGCAACCUGCUCAGAAACUUCUGCACACGCAGCAAGUCCCUCAGCAACUUGGAGAAGACUCUGGACGGAGGUGAAAACAGCGAGGACGAUUCAGGGUUGUCAGUGUCUGCAGGAGGAACCAACAGAAGUGUCCUUCCAGGCCACCGUCCCUCUGGUCGACGCCGGGCGUUCAGCAGCGGUGGUGAUGGUAGUGUCCUAGAGAACGGAAUCAUUGGUGGCAGAAGUGGAACCAGAGGGAGAACCACGAUGCCGGACCGCUGGGAGCAGGCCUUCAGUGAUCCAGGAGAGUCCUAUUACCCAGAUUACAGCCCAAAGAGGAGCAGCUGGAGACGAGAGACAGUCUACAAAAACGAAUGGUUCACUGAUGAACCCGAGGAUCUCCGGGGUUUCCCAGUGCACACACACUUGGUCAAGAGAUCCAGAGGCUUCGGUUUCAACAUUGUGGGGGGCAGCAGACCAAGAGAGUUCCUGCAGGUCUACAGUGUGACUGCCAGUGGACCCCCAGCCCUCAAAACAGGGGACAUCAUAGUCUACAUCAACGACGUCUGUGUGCUGGGAAUGUCCCACAAAGAGGUGGUGGAGCUGCUGAAGUCGGUGCCUAUUGGCCACAGCGUGGACGUGGAGGUGAGGCGGGGCUACCCCAUGCUCUACAACCCAGACGGUCGGCCCAAAAAGCACUCUCCGAGGCAGUUGGACAUGGAUGACCCCGUCUUACAGCCCAUCACCACCACCCAGCCGCAGCCUCUUCACCAACUACCUCGCCUCCCGACACCCACUCCACAGUACCAGCACUUUAACUUCGACGUGGACUACCUGGAGCCCAGGUUCGGCCUGGACGCUAACGGGACCACGUCUCCUUACGUCGUCAGACAGUCGCCGCCGUACAGACAUUCCAGCCUCAGCAACGCUGCCACUCUGUCCCCGUCACACCUGCCGCGGUCCCUGAGAGGACUGGCCCGGCUGCAGUCUCUGGACCAGACCCAGAGUGACAGUGAAGUGGUUUCUGCCAUUGGUUCACACAGGGCGUCCAUGAUUCGUAACCACAACAACAACUCCCUGUCAACUCCUCAGCACCAUCAGCGAUACGGCCCCUCCAAGUCGUCUGAGAGCGACCUCUCCACCUGCACCCUCUCGUUGUCCAGGCUGCCGCUGCCUCAGUCGCCGCGCAGACCGGCACCGGUGUCUCCCCCCAGCAGCCCCCGCGGCACACAGCCCCGCCUCUUCAGACGUCAAACCUCCCACCCCAGACCUUCCUCCACCUCCGACUAUCCCGACGUCUUCAGAUACUCCAGCUUCAACAGCGUCCACGCAAACAGCGGUCCGCCUGUGAACAUGAGGGGCGUGUCCUCCAGACGGUCCAUGAGUGUGGGCAGCGGCGGGGAGCUGGUGCCUGUGGCUUUGGGUCACAGUGGGAGAGACAGAGGUCUGGGCCUCAGCCUGACUGCUGGAGGUCCCGGGGGCAAGAUGACCGUAGUCAGAAAAAUCUGGGACAGGAGGCAGUGCAGCACGCUGCAGCCAGGGGACGCUAUUAUUAAAAUCAAUGGGGCUGAUGUCCAGAGUCUGAGCUGUUCACAGGUCCAAACGAUCCUUGAAGAACACACCAGUCAGGGAGAAGUCAUCCUGCUGGUUUACAGAGGAGGUAUUUAUCCCUCAGCUACCUCCCCUGCUGCUCUUCGGAGACUCCCUUCUCCUCACCUGCGUCCUCCUCCUCCACCUGUUGCCUCCGACGUCUCCUCCUUGCUCCCUGAUACGCUGCCCGUGCCCCGCACCUCCCUGAGCACUCCUCCCUCUCCGGUGCCGAAACACUCCUCGCUCAUCCAGAGCACCAGUUUCCUAGAGUCCAUCCCGGUGACGCUGACGAUGGAGCCCAAAGACUGGAUCAACACGGGCCUGGAGGACGACACCGGCGGCGUGGAGAUGGGGAGGCAGGGCGGAGAACAGACUCGACCUCUGCGAGGGUUCGAGGUGGAGCUCAGGAGAAAGCCAGGGGAAGGCUUCGGCUUCGUCAUCGCCUCUCAGGAUUUGGAGAACGGCAAAGCCAAUGUGAGAACCAUGUUGGAGAAACUGCAGUCUGCUCUGAGGACUGUGAAGGAGUCCAAACCUGCGUCUCUUCUCCCUCACCGGUUUGUGACGGUCCGUCGUGGCAGCCCGGCUUCUAAGAGUGGACAGAUCCGGCCCGGGGACCGACUGGAGGCCGUGGAGGGGCGCUCUGUGGUCACGCUGCCUCACCGGGAGCUAGCUCAGCUACUGCGCCGAGCGGGAAAUACUCUGAGGAUCACCAUAGUCCCUCGUCCAAGCACCUACUCUUCGAGCUUCACCGAAACACCUGAAUAUGACCCGGGACAACAAGGCAGGAAAGGGCAGAGGUCACGUCCAAAGCGUGACUCCAGGUACUACAGCGUGGACCUGGACCGCGGCUCCUCGGGCUUCGGCUUCAGCCUGAGGGGAGGCAGCGAGUACAACAUGGGCCUUUACAUCCUGGGUCUGAUGGAGGGGGGGCCGGCCUCACGCAGCCACAAAAUUCAGGUGAGCGACCAGCUCGUGGAGAUCAAUGGGGACAGUACAGCGGGGAUGACCCACAGUCAGGCCGUGGAGCAGAUCCGCCGAGGAGGACACCGCAUCCACCUGGUGCUCAAGAAAGGCAACGGCUACGUGCCGGACUAUGGCCAUGAGGGCAUCAUCUCCCCCCCCCUCCUGCGUCACGCCAAGAAGCAGAGUUUGGCUGCAGUAGACUCCACGAGACAGAGGGGGCGCAGCUCCAAACAGAAGAGGAGAAGCAGGUCUGCAGAUGGACGAGAGAGUGAAAGACAGACCGAGAGGAGGAGGAGGAGAAGAAGACCUGCCUCAGAGGGAGGGGGGCACUCAGAUGUACAGAGCCCCGUAUCUGAGCAGGAAGCCAGGGACACGAUGAGGAGGAGGAGCAGGAGGAGGAGAAAAAGGAGGUCUCAGGGUACGUCCGGAGACGCUCUCAGGAAUAGCGAUGGUAGUGACAUAGAAGAGGAAACAGUCAGAGGAGGGAAAACGGAGAGGCAGGGGAAGAGCAGGAGCAGGGGGAGGCGCAGAACACGGGAGGCAGAGGAGGUGUCAGAGGGAGAACAGAACGCGCCUGCUGUUCUGGACAGGACAGAGGACAGGGGUGAGGUGGUCGAGGAGCAGGAGGUGCAGGAGGAGAGAGGAAACCCACAGAGAGGAGUGAGUGAAGACAACGUCACACUACCCAUUCCCAAUCCAAACCUAAAACUUCCCAGACCGAAGAUAAACUGGGAUGUGGCAGCUAAUGAGGACGACAGGGAGCAGAGGGACCUGCAGGGGGAGCUGCAGAGGGAGCAGGAGCAGCAGACAUGGUGGUCUAAUGACGGGGAGGGGAGUAAAGACACAGCAGGGAGUCAGGACAGAGGCCAUGAUGAUGAUGAUGAUGAUGACGAUGCAGAAAGUGGGCGAUUAAAGCGCCCUCUGCCUGCAGGGUCACAGACGGAGCCCUUCUCCUUCCUCACCUCCAUGCUGUCCCUAGACCAGCGGGGGGGCGGUGAGUCUGAGUCUGAAGGCAGCCAAUCAGACGGCAGCAUGUCCGCAGCUGCCAGUAUCUCAGGCCUCUCUCUGGCCAACGCGGGCAGACACCGGACGCCACUUCUGCCAGGCCCUUGGCUCGCACCCAGCCACCAGAGGGCAGCACAGGCCAAGGGCAGGAACAGCCACCUUGAAUAAAAGAAAGGGGGCAACGGGAAGGAUGAGCAGCUGUUGGACAGUAGACAGAGAAUGCAGGUGUCCAAUGAUGUCGUUCGACCUUGACCGGUGACGUGCAGCUGCCCACACGAAAACAAAACAAAAACCAACCCCACCGUCUCCCUGUCUCUCUACGUUAGUGUGACGUCCCGUUCUUUGUGCCUUUUUACAGCUACAAUCUGAAAUACAUUCAUCAUCCUUAAAUUAUACACACUCUGAUACACCGAGGAGCUCGUUUUCCUGUUCCGAGCAGCUGAUCCUUUUGUUAUUUUUUUUGCAUUUCAAAGUUGCAGCCGUCGGGCGGAAAGAGGUCUAAAGAAGGUUCCAGACAUCUUAUCCCACUCACUCACCUUUCUUUUCUCUCUCUCUCCCUCUCUCUCUGUGUGGUCCUCCCCCCCCUCCCCCCCCCCCCCCGGACAAAGACCUCCACUUACUGUAUACCUCAUGAAUAUACUGAGCAAUAAUAAAGCAGCCGUCCAAGGCCAUCAGCCGCUCACAUCCGCUGGUCUGGUCUGGUCUGGAGGCAGACAGUCAAAACCAUAGUAGAGCGUAUAUAACAAAUGGACAGCGCCUCAGUGGAGCCAAGGAAGUCGCUUCAGCGAUUCAGUAAAAAAAAAAAAAAGUAAUUCUGUCUGAGUGGAAGUCUUCAGAGAAAACACUUUACCUUCAUGAUGGUUUUUUUUUUUUUCAUUUUUCUGCUACAUUUAUCUUUUCCUUUGCUCGAGUUUAAGGUGUGCAACUCUACAUUUCACAUAAAAGUGCUCCUCCUCAAAGCUAAGCUAACAAAUGCUAACCUACAAGGUGGGGUUAUUUUUCUAUAAGCCAAUUUCAUACAGUUGUUCUAUAUUUUAAAAAAAAUUGCAUCACCUUCUCCAGUGCACCGCUGACCAGAAGCUAACGUUGUGUUUACCAUCACCACAGACGCCCAACAGUCAACAUUUAUACUGACUGUCAGUGUCUCUGCAGGCCUGAGGGCAACUUUAAUAUCCAGUCCAGUUACAGCUGCAUUACUUUAUUGCCCUUUAUUUUAUGUACCUUCAAUACUUAACAAAUGUUCUUUUCAAAAAAAGUUAAAAAGCAAAGAUCACCUUAGGAACCACUAGGGGGAGCCCACGUCAACCAUGUCACUAUAGUAGCACAGACCGCAGUUUGAGAACAACGUUUAGAGGUAAUGUGAUUGGUCAUUCCAUUUGACACGUCACAUGACACCUUAUAUGAACUCCAUCUUACUUUAUCGUGCAUUUUCCUCUAAAUGGGUCCAAAUAAAAAAUUCAUAUUUUGACUUUUGUUUUGCCUAACUUUUGCGUAGACUUCCACUCAAACGGAGUCACGUUUUUUUUACACCUGCUACACUUAGCAGUCGGACGGACGAUGGAUUUCUAACUUUCAUGAACGUUAACGUGUUGCUACGUCGUCGUCUCUUUGUCAUACGUGGACAUGUGCCUCAACCUAUAACGUUCUAAUGUAUAUCUAAAUAUAUAUAUAAAUAUAUAUAUAAUUGUGAUAAUGCAGAUCCCUUUGACAGCAGGUGUGAAAUAUAUAUUCUGUAAAUAUUUGUAGAGAAAUAAAUGACAGAAACCUCUUGUAAAUAUGAUACUAACCGGAGCCAAAUCCUUGUCGUAUUUCUGUAUUGUAAUACAUUUGGAUACGUAUCAAAUACGGAAUAUAUGAAUAUGCAGUAAAAUCUAUAUAUAUAUAUAUAUUAUAAAAACAGCAAGUACAAAGUCAUAUUAUUUAUAUUGUCAUGUGUGACUAGAACAACGAACACUGAUACUGGGAACAAUUAUAUUGUACUAAUUCAUCAGUGAAUGUUUUUAAUCUGCUGCUGGAGUGUGGAUUAGGAUAAUCUACGUCUGUGGAAAUGAACAGAUCAAAAGGAGCCAAGAAUACGCAUCCAGUGUGUAUAUUUCUGGUACUGUUUGUAAAAUCUGCGUGUGUAUGUGUGUGUCUAUGUGUGUGUGUGUGUGCGCACUAAGAGAAAAAAAAAUCACUGUCAAGAUUCUAGAGAGUGCUGUGCCCAUCGUGCCACAUACAGUUGCCUUGGUAACAUAAACCACUUUAUCCUAACCGCAGAAUUUUCUUACUGUGAAAAAACCUUUGCUCUAAGGUCUGUCACGACAAGUGAGUUGAUCAUUUCAGUCAUGCCAAAAGGAGAGGAAAAAAAAAAAAAGGCCCUGACUGUAAAUAGACAAAACUAAAAAACCCUAAGACUCUGCAAAAAAAAAAAAA